AUGACGGGCAUCCACCGCCAGCGGGUCCUGGCUGGUCUGAGACAAAUACACUGUUUCCGCGACCCGGGGCUUUUUGCGCAGAGCCCGCACGCGGCUCCGAGUCUCUGUCUCGAGUACAAAAUCAACCGCGCACUCGACCAGAACGUCGCUUCCGAGCACCUCGUCCGCUACUUCAAAGAGCAUCCGCGAGAAACCAUUGGCGCCGCCACUUUGGACCGAGUACUGGAGCAUUUGUCCCCCACGCUGUACCGCGAAUUUUUCGAGCGUCUUCUUGUGUCCGGACACAAGUUUUCGGCCGGCUCCCAGGCCAAAAGGCUGCUUACCCGUCUAUGUUCAGGAACCGUUGCCGAGCGAGCGACGUUCCUGCUAAAAACGCGCAAAUACCCACAGAAUCCGUUCUUGAGCCAGUACUCGGACGACAUGCGCGUGACCACCAUCAAGCGGCUCAACGAAAAGACAUACACGCACGAAGCUCUGCUGUUUCUCAAUCUCUACAAGUCCACCCUUACACCAGAAAGUGGACGGUGGCCGCAGUAUUACCGGCUGUGGAACGACCUGAUGUUGCGGCACGGGCGCCAUCCCGUGCUGAACGCGUCGACCGUCCAUUCGAGCAUCGACCUUAUUUUGAGGCACUAUUUUGUCGUCGAACGGGACCUCGAGAAGGGCCUCAAGAUCAUGAACCGCUAUUUUGAGGCUACCGACACCGAACUCUCGCCAAGCCGGAUCGACAGCAUCAACCUUGCGUUUCUCAAGUGCUUGAGCGCGACUCCCGCCGCCUCGCCGCAGGUUCUCGUGAGCUACGUGCUCACAAUGUACCCCAGCAGCUACCGAGUUCUGGAGCAGGUUGGACUGCUGAGCAUGAUCUACGAAAAUCGGUGCGGCCCUGUUUUCAAGCGACCGGAGCUGCUGCUGAAGCCGAAUAUCCGCGACGAACUUGUGUGCGGCGACAGAAUGCCGCCUCUGGACGUGCUGGCCAUAGUGUAUCGCUCGCUGCUAUUCUCGACACGGCCCUCAAAACUCCAGACCAAGGUGCUUUUUGCGCACUAUCUGGACUUCAUACAAACGAACCCGCCGUCGUCGUCCCUUGUGCUCGACAUGUUUCUGUCCUACAUGGACAGAGUGCACCAUCGGCCGAUAUUUGCUGCGCGGCUGCUGGAGUCGUUUCUCGAAAAAGACGGCUAUUCCAAAGCGGCAAAAAUCCAUUCCACCGCUGUCAACGCUGUUCUGUCGCGGCUGGCCUCGCUCGACGUCUCGCGGGCUGUCGAACUGGCCAACCGGCUGAGAAAUAUUAUCUGCUUCGAUGCCCGCGUGUUUUACAGCUUCGUGUGCAACCUGGACAGAAUCGGCGAGACAGACGCGGCCAGAGUGUUCUACAACAAGCUGCUCGACCACCAGGCGUCUGUCGCGCCCAACCACGCCAUUCUGAACUUCUCCAAGCUCGGCCAUCUGUGCUACAAAAACAAGUGGCCCGUGCCGCAGCUCAGCCGCGACAGCACGCCAAAACGGCGCUCGCACGAGAUCGCAAACACGAAAAAGCUCAGCUACACGGAAAUCGUUGAUUUCCUCGACACCAUGCGAACCAACUCCUGA